AUGUUGGCGGUACAACCCCGUCGAUUGUUGUUGCGACCGAAAGGUCUCCUACUCGUCGCAGUCUUUGCGGCGACUCUGUACUGGACCUUGCUGCAUGGCUCUACCACUCCUCAUACGGCGAGAUGGUUUGAUGGGAGUUCUGGACCAGUACAAGCUCCUCUAAAAGGCAACACUGAGACCAACCCAGCCCCGGUUCCCUUACCAGCGACCGGUCCUAGUAACAACGAGCAAAAUCAACAUCCUCAAGCCGAAGUACAUGAGCAAAAGAAAGAGGAAGAGCAAGAGGAAGAGAAGCACAAGGAAGAGGAGCAAAGAGAGGAAGACUUGCGGGAGCAGUUUGAUCGAGAAUAUGAGGCACUUGCUAAAGAGCCUGGUGCCGAUACCUUAUUUGGGCAGACGCUCAAUACUUUGGAUACUGACAAGAAGCGAUCUCUAACUAUCGAGGAUCACUUAGCACAGACCCAGGGCAAACCGAGAUUUACCGAGCAUAAUCCUUACGUUUACAAUCCAUAUCCUAAGUACAACGAAAAGACAUGGCUCGCUGAAAGAGCUGAACUUAUACCUUGCGAAGGGCCAGGUGGUGCACCUGUAGGGGAUGUGUUUGUUUUUAAAGGUCAGCCCAAAACGUUCCCCGAGCCCGGUUUCGGAAGCUACAGUGCCCUUGGUAUGGAUGGGAAUUUAUGUUACGAGCGCGAGACACGGUUAGGUAUUUACGGCUAUAAAUCGGACAAUGACCACUCGGUUUCCUCGGUCGAUUGGGACGGUGUUCGCUGGGGACAGCUGCAAGAGAAGUGUGCCCUGAAGAAUAAGGCACGCUACGACAUGAAGGGGCAGUCCAAUCCAUACCUCACCACAGUGUACGCACGUCAAAAUUCGAGCGUCACGAACGCAGAUGGUGAUAACGAGAACGAUUCUGGUACCUUGGAGUCCCCCCACUCUAAGGAGGACUUGAAAAAGGGCGCACCAAUACGACGAAGGAGGGGUCUUCUCGAAAAACGCAAAUCCGGCACGUCUAAAAUUACUACUGCCCGCGAAGAGCGAACGGCACUUUUACUGCGGACAUAUACCGGCAAGGAAUAUACCGAGAAUGAUAAGCAGGUGAUUCGAUCUUUAAUCGCUGAGCUUUCGUUGCGCACCGGAGGUCUAUAUCAAGUGUUCCUCUUCGUCCAUGUCAAAGACACUUCCUACGCAAUUUGGGAGGAUGAAGAAACUUACCAAUACGUUCUACAGAGGAAUGUGCCUCCUGAGUUUAGGGACAUUGCUAUCCUUUGGAAUGAUGAGGCCACGCAGACUAUGUACCCUAAGAUCGACCCUAAGAAGGCGACUGUACACGUCUCGCAGUGGCUGUCAGUUCAGAAGUUCGCCCAAGAGUUCCCCGAAUUUGACUAUAUCUGGAACUGGGAGAUAGAUGCAAGAGUCACCGGCCAUAAUUACGAUUUCGUCGAGAAGUUAGCCGCGUUUGCCAAGCGUCAGCCACGCCGAGGACUAUGGGAACGCAAUGAACGCUACUAUAUCCCAUCCGUCCACGGUGAUUACGAUUCGAAGUUCCGAAAGGAAGUCGAGCGUAUAUCGGGAAAGGACACAGUUUGGGGUCCUCCAAAACUGCCUUUUGUUAACCCUAUUGGGCCGAAGCCACCUGUCGCAAAGCCAGAAGAUGACAACUACGUAUGGGGCGUUGGUGAAGAGGCGGAUCUGAUUACCGUUGCCCCGAUUUUCAACCCCAUUAAUAGUUCUUGGAUCAGUGGUAAUGAGCUUUGGGGAUUUAAUGAUUCCACACACGCAACUACAGAUCUACCGAGGAGGGCUACCAUCGUAACGCAUUCGAGAGUGUCCAAAAGGCUUCUUGACAUCAUGCACGUCGAGAACCUUCGUGGAAAUCAUAUCUCGUCAGAAAUGGUCACGCAAACUACCGCGCUCCUCCACGGCCUCAAGGCAGUUUACGUCCCGAUGCCCGUGUUCUUCGAUAGACCUUGGAAAGGCGAGGACCUCGCUAAGUGGUUUAAUGGCGGUCCGAAGGGUGAAAGUGGAGGUGUUGGCUCCGCUAUGGGCUGGGGACGAGAAGCUAGAUAUCGCGGGAGCACCUGGUACUAUAGGGCAAACCCACCCCAGCGACUAUACCUAAAUUUUAUGGGUUGGGAAGAUACCAACGUAGGUGGCAAAGAGUGGGAAGAACUCUAUGGGCGUCCCUGCUUACCACCGAUGUUGCUUCACCCCAUAAAAGAUGUCGAGCCCACGGAACCAGGGUACAAGAGCGAAUCGAACCUCCCUUAUUCUUAA